AACCAGACCCCACCACCAUGGCCUGCUGUGUUCCCCGCUGCUGCAGCGUCCCCACCGGCCCUGCCACCACCAUCUGCUCCUCCUCCAAGUCCUGCCGCUGUGGAGUCUGCCUGCCCAGCACCUGCCCACACACCAUUUGGCAACUGGAGCCCACCUGCUGUGACAACUGUCCCCCACCUUGCCACAUUCCUCAGCCCUGUGUGCCCACCUGCUUCCUGCUCAACUCCAGCCACCCAACCCCCGACCUGUUGACGCUCAACCUCACCACCUAUGUCCAGCCUGGCUGUGAGGAGCCCUGCACCCCAAGGUGCUGCUGAAAUGUGGCUCCUUUGCUCAGUGCCUGUCACUGAAGACCCAAGGAACUGACCAAC